AUGAAGCAGAGCGUCUAUGGUGAGAACACCGCACAUCCUGAAAUUUGCGUGUCACUCUGCAACUUGGGUGCCGCAUGGGUGAAACUUGGUGAUCCCGGAAAGGCCAUAAAAUACUUCGAACAGUCACUAACGAUGCAGCGGAGCAUCCAUGGUGAGGACACCAAACAUCCUGACAUUGCCGUCUCACUUGGAAGCUUGGGUGGCGCCUUUAAGGAGCUAGGUGACCACAGAAAGGCCAUCACCUUUCACGAACAGGCACUCCAGAUGAGGCGGAGUAUCUAUGGGGAGGACACGGCACAUCCUAACAUUGCUGUUUCUCUGCAAAAUUUGGGUGCGGCUUGGGGAGACCUUAAUGAUCACAGAAAGUCCCUUAGCUACUUUCAACAGUCAUUAAAGAUGCGGAAAACUAUCUAUGGCGAGAACACUGUACAUCCUGACAUUGCCGGAGCACUUGGCGAUGUGGGGCACGCCUGGACAAAGCUCGGCGAUUACAGAAAGGCCAUCAGCCAUGGCGAACAGGCACUACAGAUGGGGAGGAUCAUCCAUAGUGACACGCCACAUCCCGACAUUGCCAGCUCACUUCACAGCUUGGGUGAUGCCUGGAAGGACCUUGGUGAUCAUAGAAAGGCCGUCAGCUGUUACGAACAGUCACUACAGAUGAGGCGGACUAUCUAUGGUGAAGACGAUCCUCUCACUGCCGAGUCACUUUACAACUUGGGUGUUGCCUGGAGUGAUCUUGGUGAUCAAAGAAAGGCCAUCGGCUAUCUUGAACAGGCAUUACAGAUGAGACGGAGUAUCCAUGGAGAGAACACGCCACAUCCUGACAUUGCAUUGUCACUUAGCAGUAUGGGGACCGCCUGGUAUAAGCUCGGUGACAACAAAGAGGCGAGACCUUAUUUCGCUCAGUCACUAGAGAUGUACCGAAGUGUCCAUGGCGACAACACUGCACAUACUGACAUCGCCCGCGUGCUUAACGACUUGGGUAUCACUUCGAAUAACGUAGGUGACCAUAGAAAAGCCGUCAGCUACCAUCAACAGGCACUACAGAUGAGGCGGAGUAUCCAUGGCGAGGGCACUGAACAUCUUGAUAUUGCCGCGUCUCUUCUCAACUUGGGGGCGGCCUGGGCCGGGCUUGGGGAUCAUGAAAAGGCCAUCAGCCAUUUAGAACAGUCACUUCAGAUGCAUCGGAGCAUCCAUGGUGAAGACACUGCACAUCCUGACAUCGCAGACUCCCUCCACAACUUGGGUCUCGCCUGGAGUAAGAUCGGUGAUCACAGAAAGGCCGCCAGUUAUCACGAGCAAUCACUGCAGAUGAGGCGGAGAACCUUCGGUGAAAACACGGCGCAUCCUAAGACUGCCGAGUCAAUUGUCAGCUUGGGUCAGAGCUGGAGCAACCUUGGUGAUCACAGAAAGGCCGUCGGUUUUUACAAACAGGCACUUCAGAUGAGGCGGGGUGUCUAUGGAGAGGACGCUCCACAUCCUGAUAUUGCCUCGUCACUUAACAGCUUAGGAGCAGCCUGGCAUGACCUUGGUGAUUACAGGAAGGCCAUCAGAUACUAUGAACAGUCAUUACAGAUGAGGCGGAAUAUCUAUGGUAAGGACACUGCUCAUACUGAUAUCGCCAUAUCACUUAGCAACUUGGGUAUCGUAUGGAGUGACCUUGGCGAUCACAGAAAGGCCAUCGGCUAUCACGAACAGGCACUACAGAUGAGGCGGAGUCUCCAUGGCAAGAACACCGCACAUCUUGACAUUGUUGGUACACUUGGCAGUCUGGGUACCGCCUGGAGGAAACUCGGGGAUUACAGAAAGGCUGUCGGCUAUUAUGAACAAUCGCUGAAGAUGAGGCGAAGUAUCCAUGGUGAGGACACUGCGCAUCCCAAAAUCGCCGCGACGUUUGACAACUUAGGAGCUGCCUGGAGUCAACUCGGUCAUCACAGAAAGGCCGUCAGCUAUGCGGAACAGGCACUACAGAUGAGGAAAACUCUGUAUGGCGAGAACACUGCGCAUCCCCACAUCGCCAACUCACUUGGCAACCUGAGUGUUGCUUGGAGGAACCUUGGUGACCAGAGAAAAGGCUUGAUGUAUUAUGAACUGGCGUUGCAGAUGAAGAGGGAAUGUGAAAGAAAUAAGAACAGCACAUCUUGA